GACUGUAAAACAUAAUUAUUAGUUAUAAAGACUGAAAUCUAAAGACUGCUCAUUUAUAAAGACGUGUAUUCUAAUGCUAAAUCCGACUAAAGGAUUUAAAGUCGAAUUCUUAAUGUGAACUUUUCUUUUGAUAAAAACCUGUCCACAAAUAUAUAAACGGCUGUCAAUAUCAAAAUUACUUGUUUGGUAAAUAAUGUUAUUAUUAAUCAAACGGAUCGAGUGAAUGAGUGAAUAAUUUUGAAAUAUUCAAAAUUGUUUUGUUUUUGUAGUUUUAAUUGAGGGAGGACGCACUAUCAUGUUUCAGUUGAAGUCGGGUGAUCCUAUGGACAUGGAGCAAUGUGGGAUGGACGCGGAGGAAUGCGGCAUGUAUGACCCCAAUGAGGAUUAUGAGCAAGAUGAUGCUCCGCCGGGAGAACUGACACAGUGUCAAAAAGACAACAUAAAAGACCUAUAUGACUUGUACGACAUAGACAAGUCUGGUACACUUUCAUUUAAAGAGCUAAGAAAAUGUCUACAGGUGCUUGGAUUGAAUCCCACCGUGUCAGAUGUCAAAAAAAUAAUGAAGACACAUGAUGUUGGACCGGGAUCUAAAGGCAAAAAGAAGGUCACAUAUGAAGUAUUCGAGCAGAUAAUGAAGGAAGAAUUGUUAAGCCAUACCAGUAAUGAAUUCGAUCUCCUGGAGGCCUUUAAAAUUUUUGACCGUGACAAAAAUGGUACAUUAGAUAGGGAUGAAUUAAAAAGAUGCCUAACAUGUCUUGGUGAAUGCUUAACGGAUGCCGAGGUUGACGACUUAUUUGAUCAAUUAGAUACUGAUAAAAGUGGAACAUUGAGUGUCAUGGAGGCAUCAAAGAUUCUUGCGUGAGAGUCAGUAGAGUGUUAAUGACAAAGAACAAAAGGAUGUUUUUCUGACAAGACUAAGGACUUCUGACUUACAUGUGUAACAGUGUUACGAUAUUUAUCAUUAUGCAUUGAAACGAAGAUAUGAUGAUGUCAUAUGAAGCUCAUCAUUAGAAUUUUUCUGUGAUAACUGCAUUUAUUUUAUGAUAUAAGCCAUACUGCAUAAAUGGCACACUCGUUUGGUGCGCUUUGCGUUCUUGUAUACGAAAUAUUUCUCAAUCAUUUGAUUCUUUUGUUGUAGUUCAUGUAUUAUCGGAACAUUUAAACGUUUUCUUUCUUAGAGUUUUGAGGUUCGGUCUACAAGUAACUGUACUUUUAGCUUGUGAUGAUACCGAGAUAUUAAAUUAUUUUUAUACUGUUACAUACUGUUGAUGGCAUUAAGGGCUGGUCUGUUCAUAAUCAUGAUUUUCACUUCUCUUUCUAUCAUCAUGACCUUUUUAGCAUAGAAAUAUAAAAUCAUGUCAGAGGACGAUAUGUUAGACUGACUAUAGACAAACGAUGUUAUCCUCGUUAAAUAAAGUUAUGAUGAUGAUGAUCAUCAUUAUUAUUGUUAUUAUAUCAUACCGCAUCAAAUAAUAGUGUAAGAAAAAAAAUCAAUUUUCGUUCUUCAUAAGAAGCUGUUAUAUAGAAUAUAAAUAAUUAUUUUUGGCAGA